AUGGGAUAUUAUUGGCCAACGAUGGUGAAAGAUUGCUUGGACUAUGCUCAAAGAUGCAAGGCUUACGUCGUUGGUCCAUUGCCAAAAUCCUCUGGUGGACACUUGUACAUCUUGGCUGCAACCUAUUACUUCUCAAAAUGGGCCGAAGCUGUUGCUCUUAAAGAAGUGAAGAAGGAGAAUGUUGCGAACUUUAUCCGAGUAAAUAUCAUCUACCGCUUCGGCAUUCCUCGUUACAUAAUAACGGACAAUGGCAAGCCAUUUGAUAACAAAUUGAUGAACAAGAUUUGUGAUCUCUUCGGUUUCAAGCAGCGUAAAUCUUCUAUGUAUCAUGCUGCCGCCAACGGUCUAGCUGAAGCGUUCAAUAAGACUCUAUUUGAAGCAGUCCUACCACUUGAGCGGCAAAUACCUUAUUUACGACUUGCUAUUCAAGAAGGGCUCACCGAAGAGGAAAAUGCUCGAUUGCAUCUUGCAGAGUUAGAAGCACUUGAUGAGAAUAGGCUAGAGGCUCAACAAAAUCUUGAAUGUUAUCAAGCUCGUCUAUCUCGUGCCUUCAACAAAAAUGUUCGCUUGAGGUCCUUACAAGUGGGAGAUCAAGUCCUUACAAGUGGGAGAACAUCAUUUCCCAUAAGUCUGGGGGCAAAUUCACCUCAAAAUGGGAUGGACCAUAUGUCAUACAAGAAGCGUAUUCAAGUGGCGCUUACAAGCUUGUUGAUGCGGAUAGCCUGA